CCAUUUUCUCUAGCUCCUUGUUCCGUAUACUAUUCAAUCGUAGUCUAUUAUACACGCUACACAGACAAAAUUGAAGACGUCCACGCAUGGUGCAGUUCUCGUCCCAAUCGCAGCACAGUUCUGAAUUCAAGUACGAGGUGGACGAUCAACAUGAACAGCAGAUGACUGUUAGCCGAGCUGAUGCUCGUUCAACUUUAAUAUGAGUGAAGUAGUAGCUGUAACACCUAGUGGUGGAUCGACACGCCAGGAAAGCGUGGCACACAUCAAAAGACAUAAAUUAGCCAACUGUAAUGUUCCUCUUGUGCACGGACGAUCAAAUCCGCCGAUCAACACCCGUAAUAGGCUGACCACGCAUCAACGAAAUCACAGUUUGGACUUUAGGUCAAUGGGUAUUUUAUUGCCGCCGGUACCACAGGCGAACGCGACCACGCUGACGCAUCAUCAUAGAAAUCGAAGUCUUGACUCCGCGCUGCAGCGUAUCCCGGAAGUGGACGUGACACCGAGUCCAGAAUGCGAGACAACGCCGGCCCCCGUAGCUAAAGCGGCCGCGGUACCGGCGUGCAAAGCGCGCAGCCGGGAACGCGAGGAUUUAGCCAGCCUAGGAUCCGACGAUUCGGGUAUACUUUGCGGUUCCGAUAGCGGUUCCAGCGACGCAACGAACGCUGCCACCAGAGAGUCGAGCGUCGACCACCUGCAUAGUCGUGAGAGCCUCGAUUCCUCGUUAUCCCAACCAGGUGACAUGGAUAGCGUGGAUGCAGUGGAUGCGAUGGACGGCGAAGAAACUAGUACUCCAGUCUCAGUCUCAGUGUCGGUGUCGGUGCCAGUGUCACCUGUGGAACUGGUGCACUUGAGUGAACCUUCUUCGAAAAAGGGUGGUGAUUGUAGUAGUAGUGGUAGUGAGCCGCAUAAACACGAGAACACGAGCAGUGGUGAUCAUGGUUCGCAGGAACCGCGCUCCAAUAACGUUUGUACGGUCAAAGAACUCGAGGGUCAUGAGUACGCACACGACGAACAACGACGCACCACCGAUAUGGGUGUGACGGUUGACACGCGAGACUUCCAAAAUUCCAUGGAAGUCUCGCCAGUGAACGAUAAACAGAGUGAACUGGCCGGCGCAGCUAUGACUUUGUGUUGCGGGACCGCUGUGCAAUCCGAAACUAGCGAGGCAGCUGUGAAAAAGCAGAGUGGUGUCGUUUGCCGGAGGCAAGAGACGGUACAACCGAAACCAUCCGAAGGUUGUUUGCUCAGACUGUUCGAAAGCCAGAUUUUCGACAUGUCCAUGGCGAUCUCUUAUCUUUUCAAUUCUAAAGAGCCUGGCGUUCAGAGUUACCUUGGCAACAAGAUGUUUAGUUUCCCAGAUAAUGAUGUGGACUUCUACUUGCCACAGUUAGUUGUGAUGUAUAUACAACUUCAUGAUGUUACAGAAGUUCUUUAUCCAUAUCUUGUCCAUAGGUGUAGACAGUCGGCUGAUUUUUCGUUAAAAUGUGCCUGGCUAUUAGAUGCAUACAGUUCUGACGCUCAUUUGCCAUCCAAAAAGAAAUCUCAUGGGACCAAAUUAAAAAAUCUUAUUCUCUCAGAUGAACUCAGGCCAAAAGGAAAUGAGAAUAAAAAACGUGUAACUGGAUUACAAGCUCCCGCACCGCCAGCACUGACUCCGAUGCAAAGCAUUACAUCACCUAAUAAAAAGACACACCAAAGAUCUCAAUCUGAUGCCACUGGAUUAUUUCAAACUUUACGUCGUAGCCAUUCCGGUACAAUAAAUAAAGUAAGUCUUGGGGACCUGAGCUCUGGUCGAGCAUUUGAUAAUGGUUGUACCUGUUUUUAUUCCUGCCAAGGUGUGGUAAAUGAUUUACGAGGACAAAAGACCGACUGUUUUUGCAAUGCGCCACGUCUUGCUCCAGAACUUGAAUUUAUACAAGCAUUAAUAUCUAUUGGUAAAUUACUUGGAACUAUUCCAACAAAGGAAAGUAAAACCGUUCAAUUAAUAGCAGAGCUUAAUACUCUCAAUUUGAAUCUUCCUGCAAGGGUAUGGCUUCCUUUGCACAGUUCAAUACCGCAUCAUAUCGUACGAGUGCCACCACAAUACGCUGCUGUCCUUAAUAGCAAGGAUAAGGCACCAUACAUAAUUUAUGUUGAAGUGUUAGAAGUAGAAGAUAUUUAUACAUCACCUGUACCGACAAAAAUAGUGGGAUGUUCAUUGAGGCAUACUAAAUCUGAAGAAAAUUUAACUGGAGGCGAACAGUCUAAUGUAAUGGGUUCAUCAAACAUAUCCACUUCAGAAACGCAACAAAACAUGCCACCAAUUAGACAAACUCCAGUUAAAAAUAUUUCUCCAUAUUCGGUUCGAAGUACAGAAGUUGCAUUUAAUUUUCCUGAUGAUGAUCCUAACGAUUGUUGGAGUCAAGAAGAUGAUGAAAUCACACAACAGUAUUUACAACUUCGAAAGCCAAAAGAUAGAGAUACGAUAUCUCAAUUAAGUCAAGAAUCAUCUGAUAGUAAAGAACCAAUAUUUGUACCUGGUGAUAUAAAGAGGCGGUUAAGUGAAAUGGCUGCUACGCCUAGUGCAACGUUUAAUCAUGAUCCAGAAGAUCCAUCGGCUGCUGUUUUGAAAGAACCAUGGGAAUUAAAACAACGUCGCAUAAGAUCUUCCAGUCCAUAUGGCCAUUUGGCAUCUUGGAGGCUCCUUGCUGUUAUCGUAAAAUGUGGUGAUGAUCUUCGGCAAGAACUCCUUGCUUCACAGUUACUCUCAAUGUUACAAAAAAUUUGGCAAGAUGAGCAGGUGCCUCUCUGGGUGCGGCCAUACAAAAUUUUGUGCUUAUCAAAUGAUAGUGGCUUAAUCGAGCCAAUUUUAAAUACUGUAUCACUUCACCAGGUGAAAAAGCAGUGCCAAUUAACGCUUAAUCAAUAUUUUGAACGAGAAUUUGGUCCAUCUACGUCAGAUACAUUUAUUAUCGCGCAAAGAAACUUUAUUCAAAGUUGUGCGGCGUAUUGUCUUGUCUGUUAUCUCAUUCAGGUUAAAGAUCGUCAUAACGGAAAUAUUUUACUUCAUAGUGAUGGACACUUAAUACAUAUAGAUUUUGGAUUUAUUCUUUCGACUUCGCCAAGAAACUUAGGAUUUGAGACUAGUCCGUUCAAAUUAACUCCAGAAUUUGUGGAAGUGAUGGGCGGAAGCCAAUCUAAACAAUUCCAAGAAUUCAAAACUUUAAUUCUACAAGGAUUAAUCGCAGCACGGAAGCAUAUGGAAAAAAUUGUAAAUCUAGUGGAAAUAAUGUUAUCAGGAUCGCAACUCCCAUGUUUCCGUAGUGGUGGAGCAGCAACGGUUCAAGGACUAAAAAACAGAUUCCAUCUUACAUUAACGGAAGAUCAAUUACGUCGGCAUGUGGAGGAUUUAGUCGAAGCUAGUAUCCAUUCGUGGUCUACUAAAUUAUAUGAUCGAUAUCAAUAUUUCGCAAAUGGCACCCUUUAAUAAUAAUAUCAAUUUCUACCCAUGUGGCAAGGAUAAUGAUUUUUACAAGAAUGCGAGAAAAAACUUAAGUUAGUACUUCUUAUGUGGUACUUCUUCCAGAAAUGUUUAAACUUUAUAGCAUUCCUUAUGCACAAAUUAUCUUUGAAGCUAAUUGUUCGAUUACAUACAAGUAUGAUCGAUAAAUGGGAAAUGCUAUUUAAAAAAAAAAAUAGAUUUAUUCCAAAUAUAUGUAGAAUAAGCUAAUUUCAGUAGAUUAAUUUUACUUGCUCUUGAAUUAUUCCUUAGUUUCUUAAAAAAUACUACAAUAAUUAUCUUUUAUAGAAAUUUGUACAAAUAUCGCGUUUAUUAAUAAUUAAGAAUAAUUUGUGAAGAAAUAUUGUUUACAAAAAUUUUAUGCAUUAUACCUGUAAAAAAAAAUAGCAAAUGAAACAGGGAAUAAUUUAUGAAAUUUUAAUUGUUAUGUUAAGUAAUAUUAAAUAUGUAUAAUUGGUUUUGUUAUAUACAUUAAAAUGACUAUGUAUGCCUUAUUGGCAACUACAAGUUAACUAUCGUCGGUGCAGACUUUGUGACGUUGACUGAAUGUUGGACUGCUAGAUCGUUACAGCCUAUAACAGCGUAAUUUGUUAAAGGUGCCUUAUUUGUAGAAAAUGGCGGGACGAUCAAAUCCGAACACAGUGAAGUGACUACGUGCGUUGAUCUACUGACAAAACUGAUCUAUUAUAAAAAGGACAAUCUAUAGUUUGUACAUAAAUACAUUGCGUGAAAUUUUGUCGAA